GCCCCUCGGGCUCGCGUCGAGCCUAGGCGCCGCAGACUCGUCAGUCCUCGCCGUCUCCUGAUUGGUCGCGAAGCUCUCCAGUCUGGCCCAAGGGAGGGGAGGAGGGAGGGCCCAUGUCGUUUCAGGGCGGAAACGUGGUUGAAAAACCCAAAGGAGAAGUGACGCGCGGGGUGGGAGGGGGCUGUUCUCCCAGACUUCUCCUGGGAGCGCUAACGGGUCUUGAUGGCUGCCCCGCCGGCCCCCGGACCUUAGCGCUUCUCAACGCCCGGCCUACUCCAGCUUCUCUUCCCCACUGCCAAUUACAGGAUGAUGCUGAGUCGGGGCAAGGGGAGGUUCGGGGGACCCUCGAGGGAGGGGGUGACCGUGGGGGCUGCAGGAAUAGAACCCGAGCCCUUUGCCUCCAAGCCCGAGCCCGAACCCGGCCUGGACCUGAGUCUGAGCCCGAGCCCUGGCCCGAGGAGCCCCGAGCCGCCCUGCUCCAUCCUCCGGCUGGGGGGAGCCAGGUCCAGGGGCCGGAGAGGACGGCAAAGAGAGCGGCAGGUCCGCUUCCACCUGGCUUCCCCGAGUCCGCCUUCCUCUUCCAGCGUGUCCCCACCCAGAGGAAAGCUGCCCACAAAUGAACCUUUGGAGGAGUGUGAAGCCCUGGCGCAUCUCGUAGCCCCAGGACUUCAAAGUACCCUGGUCCUGGGGCAACAGCUAGAGUCGCUUAGGGAGGUCACAGCCCUGGGGCAGUUUGAUGCGCUGAAGGCUGCAGAGCAGCAGUUGAAAAGUUCAUUCCUCAGUCGCUGUGAGAUGGAGGAAAACGUAUCGGAGGGGUUGAACAUGCCUAGAUCCCAACGGCUCUACAAGGACCUGGUGAGCCUGCAGGUGCCAAAGGAGCAAGUGUUGAAUGCUGCGUUGAUGGAAAGACUGGCCUUGCUUCCACCACAGCCUCAGGUCCCAAUCCACAAGAUAAAGGAGGUUCCUGCGGCAGGUCCAGAACUAAGCAUCUUAUGUGAUCCCCAAUCUCUGGCCCGUGAGUCGCCACACUUAAUACUUGAAGGGUUCCCUCUCUUGAAGCUAAAGCCACAGACCCGUCCUGCAGAGGAUACCUUCCUCAUGCAUCAGACUCUCAGACGGUGGGAUACAUAGUAUUACAGAAUUGUCUUCACUUUUAUUUUUGUUGUGAUGGGAGGGAGGGUGCACAUGUUGGGAUUGUCCUUUACAUUGGCUUUUAUAGAAAUAAAACUUUUUUGAUAAGU